GAAAAAUGGAAAAUUGAUAAAAAAUUAAUUUAGUUUCCUGUUGCAUUGCUCAUACCACAUCACAAAAACGCGUCACACACGAUGAAUAAACAAGAUUUGGAAGCGCUCGAGAGCGGCGACGAGUCAAAAGCCAAGCCUGUUCUCGAUAACUUCAUUGAAAAGCAUUCACAAACUUUCGAUUUGCAAUUUCUCACGACAUCCGGGCAAUGGACUCGCAUUUGGAACGCGCUUUUUGUCUACUUGAAGUCUCCCACGAGCAGCAUUCACAUGCAGUGUCUCGCAACGUUACGGAUUUGCUCGCGCGAUAAGACCUACAUUAAUGACUGCCUGCAAGAUGAACAGCUGGAUUCGUUGCUGAAUGUAGCGAAUAUUGGGGCGAAAAAUUACAAGGCCGUGAAUAGUGUGCAGAUUGAGGCGUUGAAGUGUUUGUGCAAUUUGGUUUUCCAAAGUACAAAGUGUCAGGAAAUGUGUUUGAGGAACGCGUCGAUCGAGGGCAUCGUCAAUAGACUGAAAACUUACAAAGAACAAAUGACGGAAUACGAAAUUUACUAUUUCGACAUGAAACUGCUCUUUCUCAUCACGGCGCUCAAUGAAAAUGUUCGAACAAAGGUACGCGACGACUAUCAUGGCUUAACAUAUCUCGUGGAAACGCUCGAUGUCAUCAUGCGAAGCAACGACACCAAAGAACUCUUCGACAAGGAAGUCGACCUGAUCAACGAAGUCCUCAAAGUAUUAUUCAACUUGACAGUUCGCAACCCAACAACCGUCUCAACGGAGGAAGAAGAGGAAUCUUCGUUCAAUCGUUUGGCAAUCGUCAUGCACGAACUGAUUUUGUGUCGCACGCGAUCCAAGGAAAAAUUGAACGAACUCCGUACAAAUAUCAUCAACUUGCUCACGAGUAUCCCGACCGCUUGUUACACGGAACUCAUCCAACAAAUUCCCGACGAAGCGAGUAACGUGAAGCAUUUCGAGGGCUACAACACCGAAGCGAUCGACAUUUUGAUCGAAUAUAUGCGCGAAAAGUUCGAGGGAAAUCGCGAAAAACUCUCGCAAUACGAGAUUUUGAGUCCCGUGCUGACGGAUCUCGUCAAAUGUGUCAAAUGCAGUGCCGUGAUGCGACGUUAUAUCCGGUCCGUGAUCCUUCCGCCGCUCCGUGAAGUCAGCAAACGUCCCGAAGAAGGCAACGAACUGCGAAAUCAUUUAUGCAAAUUGCUCACAAAUCCCGCGACACAACUUGCGGAUCUCUCGGCGGAACUUUUGUUCGUGCUUUGCAAGGAAAAUGUCGGUCGAAUGAUUAAAUACACGGGAUACGGAAACGCUGCGGGACUUUUCGCGAAUCGAGGAUUGUUGGCAGGUCGAAGUAACCCGAUUGCCGAUUAUUCGUCAGAUAGCGAAGACUCCGAUACGGAAGAAUACAAGCAAAUUCAAGAUAAAAUCAAUCCCGUUCUCGGAUGUUAUGAGCCGCCGCAUGCGAAUCCGCUUGAUGGCAUGAGCGACGAACAGAAGGAAUAUGAAGCGAUGAAACUCGUGCAGCUGAUGGACAAAUUGAACAGAAGUGGCGUCGUUAAACCGUGCAAAAUAGGUCCUGAUGGACGUCCUGAACCAGUUGAUCAUAUCCUCGAGCUGCAAGAAGAGAUUCCGGAACAGCAAAGAGCUCACAAACAGCAAACGUUCCAAAGAGAAAGUCUUAAAAAAAAAUGAAAAAUAAUUUUUAAACGAAAGCUGGAUGUGAGUUAACAUUAUAAGUAUCAUAUGUCACUAUUUAUGUGUGUGUCUUGUCGUAACUUAAACUUAACUUAAAUUUAAUAAAAUAAAAAAAAAAUCAAUAGUUGU